AUGACUAAACUGAAUGGCGACUUAGACAAACUAUGCGCUGAAUUACAGCGGAUGGUGAUGGAUCAUCUCGCGCUCCCAGACCUCAUAGAGCUGGGGAAGACUAGAAAUGAGAAUAACGAAGGAGUAAAAGAAUAUGUUGAAGAACGGCGGAUGAUCUUGCUUGGGGCCUUCGUAGAAGACACUAGUGCAUUCGUCAACAUAAUGGAACGCACGGGCUCAAUCAUUGCGGGUUCGAGCGCACUACAUCUGUUUCAGGCUAAAUCGGAGGCGCUAGAACUCCAAGACUUGGACGUGUAUGCAAUGCAAGAGUUUGAAGGAACAUUGCUGGAGCAUUUCAAGGACAAGGAAGGUUACAAAGGCCCCAAAAGCAUUGCCAGGAAGAAAGAGUAUGAUUCAUCGGCCAUAACGAAAGUCCAUAAGCUGCAAAACGGAGAAAAAAGAGUCGACAUCAUGAUCACAGACUGGGCAAGCGCAAUUGUGCCUAUCGUUCAAUAUCAUUCCACUGCCUGGACUAAGGAUAAAAAGAAUUUGGUCAAUCCUAUCACAUAUAUGGACGACAGGAACAACAUCAGUACCAUACUGGCGCUGAUGAAAUACAUGCAACGAGGAUUCCGGACGUCUGCAGAGCCGUUUGACAUGGGAAUCCAUAAUUGCCACUCCAGCGCAUAUUGCCCCCUCACCACCAGAAACACAGUGGACAAGGGAACUUUGCGUUGGGAGUUCACGCCGAAGAAGACAGUUGGAAAAACCAAUGUGACAUGCGACAACUUGGCAAUCAUAAUCUGGCGUCUCGGAGGUCAGGGCUGCAUAGAAGAGGAAGAUCAAAGUGUCGAGACGUACAUCGGAGUAGUGGCUUGA